UGUCAAAAAGUCUCCGCCGGCCCCGAUUCCUCGCCCAGCUCCUCCCAAUUCUUGGCUGCCGCGAUGCCUCGUCCUCUCCUCGUCCUCCUCCUCCUCUUCCUCCUCAUCCACUCCUCGAUUCGUGUCGCACGAGGCCAUGAACACGAUGAUAAGGAGGAGCACAGCUGCGAGGCGAGUCCCGAUGUCCGCGUUCUCGCCGGGUUCCAGCCCGGAGUGAUCACCGUCGACGGUCACGCGGACGACUGGGCCGACAUUGAUGGAUCUGAGUUUCCUCUCCUUCCUGCGCUUGACUUUGACGAGGAUAAGGCCUAUGGAGGCGGACAAUUGGUAGUCAAAGCUGUUCAUGAUGGCAUUAAUGUAUUCUUCAUGCUUCAAGUUAAUGGUGAAUAUGCUUAUUCCACUGGAAACAGUAAACAAUGCCCUUCUGUUGCUCUCAUGUUUCAAGUGGGGGAAAAUGCCACAUAUCAGAAUAUGGGAGGGUGUGCUGACAUGCCUGGUACUUGCACUGCUAAAAGCUGCCGUGGUCAUGAAGUAGACAUUAUGCACUUUUCACUUGGUAAUGCUAUUCCCGGGCGGCUAUAUGGUGGUAAUCUCAUGGACAACUUAAAUGGGACUGGGAAAGAUAGUUUUGGUCACCUAGUUGAUCUAUAUGCAUGGAAUCCUCAUUGCCGAAAUCUUGAUGGAAUUGGCCCUUCAGCAAAUACUUCAAAUGCUCAAAAUGAUUGGCGAGGAGCCUGGUGGCACAGUAGUCUAAACUUUCAUUCAGGUUUGGUUGAGGAAGACAGUCCAUAUGGAAAAGGUGGCGAAAAGGGUACUUAUUUCUUUGAAUUCUCAAGACCCUUGAGGACAAUGGACCAUUUCCAACAAGAUGUCCAAUUCACAAUCGGUCAGGCCAGCAAGGUGGCUGUUGCAUUCUGGUAUCCGACCGAUGGGAAAGCUUGGAGCAAAUCUGAUCAUUUUUCUGCCAGUUGCAAUUGGUUACCUUUGGACAUUGCAUCAGCUUCUUCUUCCCGGCUGUCCUCGUCUUCCUCAAAUGGUUCAUGGAACUCAGCAUCUGCAUUUGCUUUGCUGCUCUCAGUAGUUUCUUUCUGUGUUUCAGUUUUCAUAGGAUACCGAGUUGCAAGAACUAAAGCCAUGCCAUUCACACCGAUCGACACUCUAUGACAAGUUCAAGAGAAGUAAGCUACAAAUGCACUACAAUCUACAAGUAUACUUGUAAAACAUACCAUGCGGCUGACAGCCUCGGAAAGUAUAAUAGUGUUAUGUGUGAUCCUUGUCCUCAGUUUCCCAUCAAACAAACCACAAACACAGGCACUUUCUAUCUGCUAAUUGGUACACCAUUGCCCGACAUGUAAAAUUCAUAGGAACCUGUUUUGCUUGUUGAUUCUAUUAUUAAUUCUUGCGCGAGAGUGUAAUGUUUGAACUUGAACUCAAUUACUUGUCUUGUUUAAAAAUCCGUAAGAGGUGAGCAUUCAGCUAAAUAAUAUGAGAAGAGAUUUCAUCCAAUGACUUGAGGUGAGAAAUUAAAGUUGGCGUGUAUUUUACUUUGGGCAAAAAUCAAAAGGGCCUCCUAUUUAUCGUAAUAA